AUGGGUGGCACCCACCACGAGGCUUUCACCUCUCUGUGCCCUGUGGACUGGGCCGACGUACCCAAGGACAAUCUCAAGCCUUACCUGAACUCCGUGUUCGCCGAAGCUAGCACCGUUGUCGAAUCCAUUCCCUCCCCGACCUCGAAGGCGAGCAGCAGCUCUGGCAGCUCCAAGAAGGGACGCGCACGCUCCAAGACCGACUCAGCCGUCCUCGAAAACGGUGCGACCCUGCCUGUAGCCACCAGCGGACCAGGCUUCCGCCCCGAUCCUGCUACAGUCGAGCAAGCGCUCAAGUUGAAGGACGAGUGGAAGGAUGUCAAGGUCAAUCCACGCGAGAAUCCCUUGGGGAUUCAGGUGUACAAGCUCAGUGCCAAGGAUGGAAAGGGUGCAUGGUUCGCGCGGAGAAGCGUGCACGAGGGGUUGACCUUUGACCAGUGGGUGGCAGGGAUGCAGCGAGAGUUCCUAGAGUCAAUGAAGGUGGACGAGGGCCAUGGCAGUGGUGCCAUCAGAGGUCUGGGCGCAGAUCAACGAGUCGAGAACCACGAGAUCGACGGCGACACACAAAUGCAAGUUUUCCAAUUGUCGGCACAAUUCCCCGGGCCUACAUCGCCUAGAGACUUCAUCACAUUGCUUCUCACAACCACCUUCCCCCACACGGCAUCCGAGCAAGGCCAACCACUGAGACAAUUCAUGGUGGUUUCGAAACCCGUCACUCAUCCCGAGUGCGCACCACGUUCCGGAGUGAUUCGAGGUCACUAUGAGUCGGUGGAAAUCAUUAGAGAGGUUCAGGUCGAGACACCCCUUGCUGCGCGGUCUCAGUCUGCCCUAGACCUCCCGAGCGGCCGGAAUGCAUCGCCAAACACCAAGGCUCACUCGCUGAACUCAGAGGAGGGCGGCGCUGCUCCUGUAGCUAUCGAAUGGCUGAUGGUUACGCGAAGCGACCCCGGCGGCUCUGUCCCACGAUUUAUGAUUGAGAAGGGGACGCCGCCAGGUAUCGUCAACGACGCGAAGAAAUUCCUUGACUGGGUCACCCGAGAGUCCCUGGGAAGCCGAGUGAUCGAAACGAGCGAGUCGGCAGAGCAAGAGAAGGUUUCUGCUCCCAGUACGGCAGCGACAGCAAAUAUUCAAAACCCUGCUGCGCAGCCCCCUGCCAGGCUUCCCGCCGGCAGCACGCAAACAACUUUAGGUGGCGGUGAGGAGAACGGGGACCCAACGUAUGGGCACGGUCUCUACAGUAUGAUAACCGGCGCUUUCGGUGUCGCGUCCAACGUCGUGUCGGGGAGUCUCAAGGCUUGGAAUGGUACCGAUAACAGCGAGAAGGAGCCGGAACGUCUAGUCGAAUCGGACGACGUUGAAGAAAAAUCAUCCCUGGAUGAUGAUGCGUCGUCCAUUGUCAGCUUUUCCUCAGCUCUGGAGAAGAGGUCGACUAAUCAGGAGAACAAUGUAGCCAGGGAUACCGAGAGCCUCAACCCAUCCGAGGAUAGAUCAUCGAGUACACUGCCGCAGCAGAAGGAGCUCCGUCGUCUUGAUGAGCGUAGGCGCAAAUUAGAUGAGAAGGCCAACAAGAUGACUGAGCGGGUCGAAAGCCGGCGGACUGGCGACAAAGAGAAGGACGCGGCAGCCCUGGCCAAAAUUCGAGAGAAGCAUGAGAAGGAAGUAGCCAAGCAGGAAGCCAAGUACCAGCGAGAGCUACGAAAGAUUGAAGAGAAGCGGGAGCAGGAGGAGCGCAAGGCCGAGGAGCGCAGGCGCAAAGCUAUGGAGAAGGAAGAGCGCUCGAAUAUCAGCCUUGAGCUGGAAAGAGUCAAGGCCGAAAGGGAUAUUGCGUUGAAGCAGAUUGAGAUCCUCACCGCGCAGGUCGGCGAACUGCAAAGGCAGAAUACGGCGCUGGUAGCCCAAAGAAGCAGGGCGUCGACUCUGAACAGGAGCGAUUCAGCCCCUAUUUCAUCGGGUACCGUGGGACGGGCCAACACGCCACCCGCGGUUUAA